CUCCCAUCACCACUCUCCCCCUCUAUUAAGUUUCAAGCGUCUCUUCCUCCUGAACUGAACAACACACACCAAACAGGGGACUGGACGGAAAACAGUCACCGGCUCUCCUGGUCCUUACAUCCGUCUCCUCCCAUUUUAUAAUUUCCUUACUUCAUCUGCCCCUCACUUCCUUGUAGCUCUGUUCAUGGCUCUGUUCAUAUUUCUUUCUGUCUAAUUCAUUUGACUGUCCACUUAUUAUCCUUUGUUCCCUCUGACCACUUUUGCUUAAUUUACCCAUCAAUCACAGGAUAGUUGAUAGCUGUGUCUCCUCAUUUUUAAUAUAUUGUUUUAACACUUCCAUCCUACUCCUUAUCCUUUUCCUGUUUUCUCCCUACUAAACCAUCCUCCCAUCUUUUCAUCUAUUAUAUUGCUCCCCUUAUAAUAAGCCCCCCCCCUCCCCCCUCACCCCUUGUCUUCGUCGGGCCUGGCCAGUUGAGAUCAUCAUGUGGUCCAACUUCAUCGUACAGCCCGAUGGUGAUGAUCGUAUCGGGGUGGCCGGGACUGUACAAGGUGGGGGUUUAGCUGGAAUAAAAGGUGGAAGGGGACAGGGAAGGAGGGUCCAGAAGAUGAGUGACAGCCAGGAAGGAAAGAUCAAGCUGGCCUUCUUUGUGGCUAUCAUUGGCGUGACCCUCACCGUGUUGGGCAUGGGCACAGAGUUUUGGGUGGAGCUGGCACAACCAAAGAAUUUCAGCGGCAACCAGACCUGCCAGAUGGCAUAUUAUGGCCUGUGGAAGGGCUGCAUCCGCACCCUAUUUGUGGCGGACAUAGACCCAGACAGGGAGCUCUGCGGCCCCGUUGAACUAAAUGGAGUAACCAACUGCACCUACUUUAAGUUCUUCACCUCCGGGGACAAUGCAGUCAUAUUCAAGAAGACGACGAACAAACAGCUGAAUCUAGCAGCAGCUAUCAUGGCCCUUUUGAGUCUGACCAUGAUGGCAAUGGGCUCCAUCUGCAUCGGCAUGUCCCUCAGCAAAGGAGUGCCCUUCUUUCUCAAGCCAGCCUCCUUCUGUUUCAUCCUAUCAGGUGUGCUGGUCCUCCUGUCUGUCCUGAUAUUCCAACAGUCCGUGUUGGCCUUGCUGUCCAGUGAUGACUCCAUACCUUUACACUAUGAGCUGUCCUGGUCUGUGGCCUGCGUCGGCUCCGCGGGAGGAAUUCUUAUUUUUGGAGGUUGCCUCUUUAUCCUCCUCUCUCUUCCUUUCAGCCCCUGGGAGAAAUGCUUUCCACAGAAGAAUAGCGUCACCUAACACUUGAAUGAUAAUCAAAUAUGCACACAGUAUUCUUGAUGUAUUGUUUGAGAGUGGAAAACAUCCAUUUUCUGAAGGCGGUGACUCUGCUUAUUCUCGGCAUUUAAUUUGUCAGAGAAGUCAUACAAGGUCUUAAUCAAAAUGUUUGUAGAGAAUUCAGAAACACUUUAGAAAGGCCUCCAGAAUUUGAAACAAAUGUGUUUUAGUGUUAUUUUUGGUAGAAAUAGUUGGACAUAGCCAUUUUAGUUUAAUGGUUUCAUUUUAAGCUUUGUUGUGUCACACAAAUCUUGUUAUCCUGUCUAAAGUUGUACAUCCACAUACAAAUAUCUACUACAACUUUUUGCCAGCAUAAGUAUAUCAUAAAAAACCUUUUAAAGGCUCAAACACUUUUUUUUAAACUUUAAUGCUAAGUAUGGAAGCCCAUUUCUGUGAAGAAAAAAAAAUGAUGGCUUAAAUUAAAAUGUGUUUAUUUUUAUUUUCUCUUCACAGUUUUUGUGGCUCUACAAAACAAAAAACAGAGUUUCUGUUAUAAUUCAUAUGAUUGCUAGACGGGGCUGUCUAUCGAACGUUAGCAUUUGUCGUUUUAGGUCUCUACUAAUGUUGCUCUUCUUGAAAGGACAUUCUUUAAGUUAGACACAAUACACAAGAAUGAGAUUGUAAAUCAAAAGUGCGAUUAUAUGACAAAUAAUGAAGAUCAAAUUACAGAUGUCUCAUAAAAAUGACUUAACAUAAAUAUUUUGUUUAAAAUUCAUAAGGCACCACCAGAAUCUAUAACCAUCAAUUUAGCAAAAAAUACUGUAUAGUUUUGUGUCAUAUCUGCUAAAUUAUAUAUUGUAAAAAAGUUCAUAUUCUAAGUCCUAUGAAGCUUUUAUACACUUACUACUUGUUAAAGAAGAGGCUUCAUGCCAUUAUUUAUAACUUAUGUGUGUUUUUUUCAACAAUUUGCUGAAUGCUGCUUCAGUAUGAAUGUAUGUUGAAUGAAAACAACUGUAAAAAGUGAUUAAAAUACCUUUUUGUGUAUCAGAGAAUUGUAUGGACUCACUUUAUAAGCUCAACUUUGUACAUAAACUGAAUGAAUGUGUUUAUAUUGUACGAAUGGUCUCUGUUUGCAAUGUUGUCUCCCGUCACUUUAUAUGUAAUAUGUAUGCAAUAAGUACACUUUAAAUAAUGUCAUAGGAUGCUCUCCUUUUCUCUCUACCAAGAAAUGCUAUUUUACAAGUUUUAGGCUUAUUUCUACUCAUAUAUAUGUACAUUAUGUGGCGCCGGUUUUGCUUAUCAUUAAAGGGAUUUG